UCUGCUAUCUCCACAGUUUUCCAUUUCCUAAAUCAGAGAGGAUCAAUUACUGUCAUUGCUGCCUUGCUAAGAAAACAAGAUUCGCUGUUAACAAGAGAGGUUAUGUGAUUUCUUUAUCAUGUUUCUAAAGCCGCAAUGUCUUGUACUGCCACAGAGGAGCCAUGGAAUAGUACGAUUCUUCUCAAGAAACCAAGACUCUUCUGUUUCUGAGGCUCGCAGAGUUGUUGUCACAGGGUUGGGGACCAUUUGCCCAAUUGGACUGUCAGUAGCAGAAUCUUGGAAGAACCUUUUGGACGGAAAGUGUGGAGUCUCAAAGCUUGAAGAGGAAGAAUUCAAGAACCUCCCCUGUCGUGUUGCUGCCAGAAUCAAACCCUCCAUUGAUCUCUCUAAACAUUUUUCAAAAUCGGAACUGAGGACCAUGGCUCCUGCAACUGCGUAUGCCCUUAUAGCGGCAAAGGAGGCUCUUGAAUGUGCAAAAUGGAAUCCAGAGAAAGAUGAGGAGAGAGAGACUACUGGUGUUGCAGUUGGUAUGGGUAUGAUUGAUUUACUUGAUGUAUGUGAGACAUCGGAAGCUCUGAAACGAAGUUAUAACAGAGUCAGUCCAUAUUUUGUGCCACGAAUUUUGACAAACAUGGCUGCCGGCCAGAUCAGUAUCAAAUAUGGCCUGUGUGGGCCUAACCAUGCUGUGUCAACAGCUUGUGCCACUGGUGCACAUGCUAUAGGAGAUGCGUUUAAUUUUAUUCAGCAUGGAGACGCAAAUGUCAUGGUGUGUGGUGGGGCUGAAGCUUGCAUAAGCCCCCUAGCCAUUGCUGCAUUUUCUAGAAUGAGAGCACUAAGUACCUCCUUUAAUGACAGUCCUGAGGAAGCAUCCCGUCCAUUUGAGAAAAGUAGGGAUGGUUUUGUUAUGGGGGAAGGAGCGGCAAUUCUGGUUCUGGAGGAGCUUCAACAUGCUCUAGCAAGAGGAGUGAAAAUCUAUGCAGAAAUUCUUGGAUAUGGACUUUCUGGAGACGCCUCUCACCUGACAUCUCCCAGUGAAAAUGGUAGAGGUGCAAUCUUGUCCAUGUCAAGGGCUCUCCAAUCUGCUAAAGUCAAUGCAAAUGAAAUUGGAUACAUCAAUGCACAUGCCACUUCAACACCUCUUGGAGAUGCAAUAGAGAUCAAGGCUAUUGGUUCUGUGUUUCAAGAGCACUGUUCUAAAUUAGCAGUUUCCUCCACAAAGGGUGCUCAUGGACAUCUUUUGGGAUCAGCAGGCAAUUUGGAGACUCUCUUCACAGUCCUCGCUUGCAAUACUGGAUCGAUUCCACCAACAAUUAACCACAAACAGUGUGACUUAGGUUCAAAUUUAAAUUUUGUACCCAACAAAUUUCAAAACUGGAAUUGCAACUCUGAUGUAAGAAGAAUAGCUCUGAAAAAUGCAUUUGGCUUUGGUGGUACAAAUGCAACACUUUGUAUUGGUGAAUAUAAGGCUAAAAAAUGAUUGCUUCAAAUAUUAAUACAAUAAAUUUAAUGACUUGGAUUUUGUUAAACAAGGGUUGUUGCGCUUUCAUUCAAAUUCAA